UAUGGGUUUCCUGUGUUCAGAGCCGAGGAUCUCACCUGUCAGUGUCCCUGUCACUGUCCCUGCUGCCACACCAGCUGGACCAGGACUGUGGCAACACCAGGUUUAAAGCUCCUCUCUCCUGCAGCACUAUGGAGGCCCUGUUCCAGUUCCUGUUCUCUCCUCUCCCAACUCCCGCCAUCAUCUCUCUCUUCGCUGUGGCGGCUGCAACGCUGUUUUACCUCAAUUCCAGACCCAGCCCACUACGCCCCCCGGUGGACCUCAAGUGUCAAACUAUAGGUGUCAAGGAUGGAGCCCGUAAGAGCGCCCUGUUGGAGGAUAACAACAACCUGCUGUCAUUUUUCUACGAGGACGCAAAGACCAUCUAUGAGGUUUUUCAAAGGGGCUUGAGAGUUUCUGGCAACGGUCCAUGUUUGGGCUACAGAAAACCUGGACGACCCUAUCAGUGGUUGAAGUAUAAGCAGGUGUCCGAGAGGGCAGAGCACUUGGGGUCUGGGCUCCUUCACAAAGGCCUGAAACCCGGGUCAAGCACCUUCAUCGGGAUCUUUGCCCAAAACCGACCAGAGUGGAUCAUUGGGGAGCUGGCCUGCUACACAUACUCUAUGGUGGCUGUUCCUCUGUACGACACACUGGGACCUGAAGCUCUCGUCUUCAUCAUCGACAGAGCUGAGAUUUCUUUGGUUCUUUGUGACAAUCAAACCAAAGCCCAAACACUGCUGCAGAACGUGGAGAAUGGCCAGACCACUGUGCUUAAAACCAUCGUCAUCAUGGACACUUUUGAGCCUGAGCUGCUGGAGCGCGGGAAGAAGAGCGGCGUGGAGGUCCUGUCACUGGAGGAAGUGGAGACUCUGGGAAAAGACAACCUUCAAAAGCCUAUGCCACCAAAACCAGAGGAUCUCAGUAUUGUGUGUUUUACCAGUGGCACAACAGGAAAUCCCAAAGGAGCUAUGUUGACCCAUGAGAAUGUCGUCUCUGACGCAGCUGGAGCUCUUAAGACAUUUGAGUCCUCUGUGACUCUGACCUCAAAUGACGUCACCAUCUCUUUCCUGCCUUUAGCUCACAUGUUUGAGCGUGUUGUACAGGUGGUGGCGUAUGGAGUUGGCGCGAGGGUGGGAUUUUUCCAGGGAGAUAUCAGACUUUUACCAGAUGACAUGAAAGCGCUGCAGCCCACACUGUUCCCCGUGGUGCCCCGCCUCCUCAACAGGGUCUAUGACAAAGUUCAGAGUGGAGCCAAGACUCCUUUUAAGAAGUGGCUGUUGAAUUUUGCAGUGAAGAGAAAGUACGCCGAAGUCAAGGAUGGCAUCAUCAGGAAAAACAGCAUUUGGGACAAGCUUAUUUUUAACAAAGUUCAGGAGUCUUUUGGUGGGCGUGUGCGUAUAAUGGUAACAGGAGCUGCUCCAAUCUCACCCACAGUCCUCAACUUCCUCAGAGCUGCUCUCGGAUGCCAGAUCUUUGAGGGUUACGGUCAAACAGAGUGCGCCGCAGCCUGCACCUUCACCAUGCCCGGGGAUGUCACCUCUGGACAUGUGGGGGCGGCUCUACCUUGCAACUUUGUGAAGCUUGUGGAUGUUGAAGAAAUGAAUUAUUUUGCCUCCAACGAUGAAGGAGAAGUUUGCAUCAAAGGCAGGAAUGUGUUUAAGGGAUACUUGAAGGACCCAGAGAAGACUGCAGAGGCUUUGGAUGAAGACGGGUGGCUUCACACUGGAGACAUUGGGAAAUGGCUGCCGAGUGGAGUUUUGAAAAUUAUUGACCGCAAAAAGAACAUCUUCAAGCUAGCUCAAGGAGAGUACAUUGCACCGGAGAAAAUAGAAAACGUGUAUAUACGCAGUGGACCAGUCGCCCAAGUGUUUGUGCAUGGAGACAGUCUGCAGUCUUGCCUGAUUGCCAUAGUGGUCCCAGAUCCUGAGAUUCUCCCAAGUUUUGCCAAAAAUCUGGGGAUUGAAGGCAAAAUGGAGGAUCUGUGCAAAAAUAAGGAAAUCAAGAAGGCCAUUCUUUCAGAUAUGACUAAACUGGGAAAAGAAGCAGGCCUCAAGUCAUUUGAACAGGUGAAAGACUUGCACCUUCACCCGGAGAUGUUCACAAUUGAGAACGGACUCUUGACCCCGACGCUGAAGGCCAAACGGGCCGAGCUUAAAGCACUGUUUCAGACACAGAUCAACCAGCUGUAUUCCUCUAUGCAGUAACCACUCCCCUGUAUGUCAUUUCGUAAUAAAAUAUGGAUUACAAAG